AUGGACCCCGAGCAGCUGCACAACCUCAUUACCCUUGCGUUCAAAACGCGGGACCGCGCGUAUGCACCGUACUCCAAGUUUCGCGUCGGCGCUGCGCUCCUAACGGACAUCGGGCCAGUGGGAGGGUGUAACGUCGAGAAUGCGAGCUAUGGUGAGCCUCAUCUUUCUCAGCUGACAGCAGGCGGGGGCAUUUGCGCCGAGCGAACGGCGGUGACCAAGAUGAUUUCUGAGGGCGGGACCCGCGUCCUCGCCGUCGUCGUCGUCUCUGACGUGCCCGCUCCAACCACGAGCCCCUGCGGAAUCUGCCGGCAGGUCCUGCGUGAGUUCUGCGCCCUCGAAGUGCCCGUGUACAUUGUAAGCGCAGCGUACGAGGCCACAGGAGCGGGAACUAUCACUGGUGGGGACAAGUGGCCAAUCAUGGACAAAGAUAUGGGUGUGCGCAUGACGCUAGGCGAGCUGUUGCCCCUCAGCUUUGGGCCCGAGAAUCUGCAGUGAUGUAUUCCUCGACAGC